AUGUAUAUUAUAUUAAAAGAGAACUUCGAAAAUGAAUUUGGUCGUGCUGAUAACCAAACAUACCAUGAAUUUCCAAAAAAAAAUGAUCAUGUGGAAGAAAGAACAAGAGCAUCAGAGAGACAAAGUGCACCACCAUCAAAUAUAAGCCAGAUGGAAAAUGAUGACGCUUCUGAAUUUAUGAGCGAUGGCCAAGCUGAUCCCAAUUUGAAGCAAAAUCAUGAAGAUAAAGAAGAAAUUGAUGAGGAUUCAGAUGAAACAUCCAAGCAUCAACAACAACACCAUCAGGCAACAUGCAUGAAGACCACCAACAGGCAUGAGGCAACAACAUCAAGACCACGAAUAGGCAUCAACACCAACACCACCAACGGGCAUCAACACCAACACCAUCAGGCAACAUGCAUCAAGACCACCAACAGGCAUGAGGCAACAACAUCAAGUACCCAACAGGCAACAACACCAAAAGGCAACAACAAGAACAAGUACCCAGCCAACAACAGUAACAGGCAACAACAAUGCAUCAAGACCACCAACAGGCAUGAGGCAACAACAUCAAGACCACGAACAGGCAUCAACACCAACACCACCAACGAGCAUCAACACCAACACCAUCAGGCAACAUGCAUCAAGACCACCAACAGGCAUGAGGCAACAACAUCAAGUACCCAACAGGAAACAACACCAAAAGGCAACAACACGAACAAGUACCCAGCCAACAACAGUAACAGGCAACAACAACCCAGCCAACGCCACCAACAAGCAUCAACACCACCAACAGGCAUCAGGCAACAACACCAACACCAAAUUUAA